AUGGUUGGCGUUCCAGGCCGCUCCAAGGGUUGCAAUACCUGUAUACAGCGGAAAGUGAAGUGUGAUGGUGGCCAGCCAGCGUGCGGCAACUGCCGCAAAUCCAACCGACUAUGCACGGGCUACAAGCGGCCCGUGGCCUUUGUCAUGUCGUCAAACGUGGCCCUCGGACCGGACGCUGUCGAAGACCCAGAAGGUGGCACCAUCAUGACACAGGGCCGCUGGCGCAAGCGGGUGCGCAAAACCCCCAAGGCGCUCGCAAAGGACCCGAAGCCAAAACGAGCCCAUGAACAAACACCCACCCUGGCAGAGGCUGCCAUCACCGAGUUGGCAGAUUCAUCGUCUCUUGCUCCGAGCAGGUCAAGCAGUGGAACGCCGCGAGCCAUUGAUGCCGUCGACCUCUCCACCACGGUGGCACCGGCCGAUAUCAAGCAGUACUGGAAGCAGUACAUCUACCACGACACGGAGGACGCCGAGACGGGAGCCGACGAUGGCGGGCACAGCAACCAUCCCAACACCAACAGCACCAAUGCGCAACAACUGCAGCAGAUCAUCGCCACACGACGCGGACCGAUGACCGUCGAGACCCUGAGCCGCGUCAUCUCCAUCCUGGAGUCGAGCGCCAACGUUGCCUUGCUCGACUUUGCCUCACCCAUGGCGCUGUCGGCAUCCGCUGCAGCCGCGGGAUCGCGCGACAUCAGCAUCGCAGGCACGGAUGUCUGGCCCGUCGGCUCACCCUUCGCCCACGACGUCGGCUCUGAAGCCGUCUGGCGCGAGCAGCUCUUCCCCAUGUUCCUCAGCUUCCACCUUCCCAAGGAAAUCUUCAGCGGCUGCAAGACGACGACGACGUCCAUGCGCUCGCGCAACUGGCUGCUGAACCUCCGAGACACGUCGCUCGACGGCGCACCGGCCCUCGAGUCCGCCAUGACUGCCUUGUGCAUGGCCCGCGUCGGCCGCCGCAGCGGCAACCUGGCUCUCGUCCAGCACAGCCUGCGCCUCUACACAAAGGGCCUGCGCCAGCUGCAAGACGCCAUCCACGACCCGGCCACGCAGCUGGCCGACCAGACCCUGGCCGCCUGCAUGGCCUUUUCCAUGUACGAAGUUGCCGAGUGCCCGUCACGCCACAUCAACGGCUACUACUCCCACCACACGGGCGGCCUGGCGCUGCUCAAGAUGCGCGGGCCCGACGCCCACAUCACGCCGCUCGGCCACUCGCUGUUUGUCUUUAUGCGCGUGCAGCAGUUCAUCUAUGCGCUGCUGAUGCGCAAGGCUAACUUUCUGUGCGAGCCCGCCUGGACCAACCGGCCGUGGCAGACGUCGGCCAAAGACCCGCAGGACAAGUUCAUGGACCAGAUGUACUGCAUCCCCGUGCUCCUGGAGCAGACGGACAAGCUGGCCGAAGCCGCCGCGCACAAGACCAUUGGCCACGAGGCCCUCGUUCGCGGCUACUGGGACCUCAUCGUCCAGUACGACGCCAUCUACCGCUGCCUGCUGCGCUGGCACAAGGACCUGCAGGCCAUUGUCGCCGGCCCUCUGUACUGGCCGGAACUGUCCACCAUCGCGUGUCCCGUGUUCGACACCAACGGCCGCGGCCGACCCUUUGCCGUUUCCUUCCACUUCCCAGCCUUUUCCAUCGGCCAGUCUGUCGUGCUUUUUUGGGUCAUCUCCAUGGUCGUCAACUACCAGAUACACGUUUUGUACAACCGCAUCAUUGAGCUGCAGCUGUCGCCCAGCUACGCGCCCGGCCCUCCUCGGGUCCCGGAACCCACCGACGAUCCGUUGACGGCGGCCGACGACAUUUCCGCUGGCAACUGGUCCCAAGAGCCUGCCGUCUCGCCGGCAGCGCCGUCGCAGUCCAUGCCGCCGGGCUCCGGCCCGGAAUCGGCCACUGCCGACGGCGAAUUCCCGCCGUCCAUCCCUGCCAUGCAAGCCGCCGCCCACGACGCCAUUGGCAUCACCCGCACCGUCUGCAACAACAUCUGCCAGUCCAUUGAGUACUUCUUGCGGGACGAGAUGGGCGACGUCGGUCCGCUGUCCAUGAUGCUGCCCCUGACCUCCCUGCGCCAUGUUCUGGUCCGUACGGUCCCCAUCAAGCCGUGCCCGCCGAGCCCACACCCGGACCGGCCGGGCGAGACCUCGGACGACGUGAUCUGGGUCGAUUUCCUUAUGAGAUACAUUGGCACCAAGGGCCAGCAGCUGGCCAACUAUCUCGACGAUGACUGA